AUGGGCUCCGUGGUCUACCCUGAAGCCAAGCGUGUCGUCAUCAUCGGAGCAGGCAUCGUCGGUGUUAAUGUCGCCGACGAGCUUGUCGAGCGAGGAUGGACCGACAUCACAGUAGUCGAGCAGGGCCCUCUGAGCAUGCCCGGAGGGUCAACAUCGCAUGCUCCCGGACUUGUUUUUCAGACGAACCCUGACAAAACCAUGACGAACUUUGCCAAGUAUACAGUCGAGAAGCUGCUGUCGCUUCAAAAAGAUGGCCAGAGCUGCUUCAACCAGGUCGGCGGCCUGGAGAUCGCAACAACACCAGAGAGGCUUGAAGAGCUAAAGAGGAAACACGGACUAGCCCAGUCGUAUGGCGUCGAGGCCCGUGUGAUUUCAAGAGAAGAGUGUCUAGACCUUUACCCGCUUCUCGACAGGGAAAAGGUACUCGGUGGCUUGCACAUUCCCAGUGACGGCUUGGCGCUGGCCGCUCGCGCCGUCCAGCUUCUGGUUGAGCGCACAAAGGCGGCUGGCGUUCGGUACCUUGACUUGACCCCUGUGACCGGCAUCGAGAGGGCUCAGGGCCGCGUCACCGGUGUGACCACAUCCAAUGGAAUAGUCCCAGCCGACAUUGUCAUCUCCUGCGGCGGCUUUUGGGGCGUUGAGCUGGGCGCCAUGGUCGGCCUCAAAGUCCCUCUUGUCCCCCUGGCCCACCAAUACGUCAAAACAGCAUCUGUGCCAGCCUUGAAAGAGCGCAAUAACCCGGAAAAUGGAGCAUCGCUGCCCAUUCUGAGGUACCAAGACCAAGAUCUGUACUAUCGUGAACACGGGGACAAGUACGGAAUCGGUUACUACGGCCAUAAGCCAAUGCCCUUUGUGGCAGCAGAUCUGGGUGUCACAGCUAAAGAAAUCAACGACAAGAAUAUGCCUUCCCGUCUUGACUUCACCCCACAGGACUUUGAGCCAGCAUGGAAGCUCACGCAGGAGCUUCUCCCAUCCACUAAAGAUGUCGAGAUACAGGACGGCUUCAACGGCUUGUUCUCUUUCACGCCAGAUGGUGGAUCCCUAGUAGGGCCGCAUCCCACCUUGGAAGGUUUCUUCGUCGCAGAGGCUGUGUGGGUGACGCACUCUGCUGGUGUGGCUCGGGCUGUUGCCGAAGUGCUCACAACCGGCAAGUCCUCGUUCGACCUGGCCUCUGCGGACCUCAACCGCUUCGAAGAGGUGCAGUUGACCGAUGCGUACAUCUCUGAGACAUCGCAGCAGAACUUCGUUGAGAUAUAUGACAUCUUGCAUCCGCUCCAGCCAAAAGAGUCUCCACGCAGUCUGCGGACCUCCCCAUUCUUUCCCCGCCAGAAGGACUUGGGUGCUUUCUUCCUAGAGGCCGGUGCUUGGGAGCGGCCGUACUGGUACGAGGCCAAUGCAAAGCUCCUAGAGACGAUUCCGUCUGAGUGGAAAGCCCCUGAGCGCGAUAAUUGGUCUGGGCGUUAUUGGUCGCCCGUCGCGGCGGCGGAGGCAUGGAAGACGCGGACGGCCGUGGCCAUGUAUGACAUGACCCCUCUGAGACGCCUCGAGAUAUCUGGCCCCGGCGCAGCAGACCUUCUACAACGAGUCAGCACGGGUGAUGUGAGCAAGAAACCGCUCCCAAAGACGGGGCCGGUCACUUACACGCUCUGGCUCGAUGGAGAGGGCGGCGUGCGGUCAGACGUUACCGUGGCGCGUAUCGAGGACGAGCUUUUCCAGGUGGGCUGCAACACGCCAGUCGACACUGUGUACAUGAAGGAGGAGGCUCGCAAGCAGGCGGCAAAGGACCCAAGCAAGUGGGCUCAUGUUAAGGACAUCACCGGCGGGACCUGCUGCAUCGGGCUGUGGGGCCCUCUAGCGCGUGAUGUGGUGACUCAAGUGAGCAACGACAACUGGAGCACCAAGGCACUGCGAUACUUUCGAUGUAAGCGUGUUUCCAUUGCGGGCAUCCCCGUCACGGCCAUGAGGCUGUCAUAUGUCGGCGAGCUGGGCUGGGAGCUUUACACCUCUGCUGAGCAUGGUCUGAAGCUCUGGGACGCUUUGUUCAAGGCUGGCCAGCAGUUUGGUAUCAUUGCCGCAGGUCGGCAGGCAUUCAACUCACUACGGUUGGAGAAGGGAUACCGAGCAUGGGGCACAGAUAUGACCACCGAGCAUGACCCCUUUGAGGCGGGAGUAGGCUUUGCUGUGAAGUUGGACAAGGAUGGUGGAUUCGUUGGGUCAGAUGCCUUGCAAGGAAGGUCUGCAGAGACAAGCAAGAAAAGGUUGAGGUGUUUGACCGUUGAUGAUGGAAAAUCAGUCGUUUUAGGCAAGGAGCCUGUGUUUCAUGGCAGCAGCAACAAUGCUGUAGGCUAUGUGACAAGUGCUGCAUAUGGGUACAGUAUUGGAAAGCCCAUAGCCUAUGCAUGGCUGCCAGGUUCACUUGGCGAGAGUGAUUCCGUUGAGAUUGAGUACUUUGGGCAGCGGGUUAAGGCCACCAUUACUCCUGAGCCGUUGUUUGACCCCAAGAUGGAGCGUCUACGAGGGUAA